GAGCGGCGGCGGCGGCGGCCGCGCCGUGGGGGAGGCGGCCCCGACCCGGGAGAGCUGCCGUAGGCCCUCUCGUUCCGGGACAGUUUAAGCAGCAUCAUGGGGAUUCAAGGCCUACUCUCGUUUAUCAAGGAGGCUGCUGAACCUACCCACGUGAAGAAAUACAAAGGGCAGACGGUAGCGGUGGACACGUACUGUUGGCUGCACAAAGGCGCUUAUGCAUGUGCUGAAAAGCUGGCCCGAGGAGAGCCCACAGAUCUUUAUGUAACUUUCUGUAUGAAACUUGUUGAUAUGCUCCUCUCAUUUGGAAUUAAACCAAUUUUGGUAUUUGAUGGAUGCACCCUACCUUCUAAGAAGGAAGUGGAAAAGGCCCGACGAGAGAAGCGUCAAGCCAAUCUUCUCAAGGGGAAACAAUUGUUGCAGGAAGGGAGGCUGUCAGAAGCCAGGGAAUGUUUUGGGCGCAGUGUAAAUGUUACCCAUGUUAUGGCUCAUGAAGUUAUUAAAGCUGCACGAGCCCAGGGAAUUGAUUGUAUUGUUGCUCCUUAUGAAGCCGAUGCUCAGUUGGCUUAUCUUAAUAAGACUGGCAUGGUUCAAGCUAUAAUUACAGAAGACUCUGAUCUUUUAGCUUUUGGAUGUAAAAAGGUGUUUCUGAAAAUUGACAAGUUUGGAAAUGGACUAGAGGUAGAUCAAGCUCGACUAGGAAACUGCAAGCAGCUUGGAAAUGUAUUUACAGAAGAAAAAUUUCGCUACAUGUGUAUUCUUUCUGGUUGUGACUAUCUCUCAUCAAUUCAUGGAAUUGGGUUAGCUAAAGCGUGCAAGUUACUGAAAUUAGCCAACAAUCCAGAUAUUAUAAAGGUUAUUAAGAAAAUGGGGCAGUACUUGAAGAUGAAUAUAACAGUAUCAGAAGAAUACAUACAGGGUUUUACACGAGCAAAUAAUACAUUCCUCUAUCAGUUAGUUUUUGAUCCUGUCAACAGAAAAUUAGUUCCUCUGAAUGUGUAUGGGGAUGAUAUUGAUCCAGAAACACUUAUUUAUGCAGGACGACAUUUUGGUGAUGAUACUGCUUUUCAAAUUGCCAUUGGCAACAUUGAUAUCGAUACAAUGGAACAAAUUGAUAAUUAUAACCCUGACACUGCACAGCCUGUACAGCAGAGAAGUUGUGGCUGGAAUGACAGGCGUGCUAAUAAUGUAAAUAGCAUUUGGAGCAGAGACUACAAGCUUGGCCCUAAUGCAGAUACUGUUCCUCAUAAAAUGCAUUUAUUAGAGAAACCAACAACCAAAGGCAUGGAGAAGAUAAUUAGUCUUAAAGGGCUAAAACUUCCAGGCAGAGAGCUCUUGGCAAAAAGGCCAAGGACUGAUUUAGAAGAAAUCUCAGAUGGAGAUCUGUUGAACCAGUAUUCAUUUUCAAAAGCAAAAAAAUUCAAGAAGGAGAAUGAUUAUGAUGGUCAAGCACAAAAGAAAGUCUCGGCAAUACAGAGUCUUGAUUCUUCAGGGAAUUCUGUCACUCAGGAAAGCUCUAACUCGCUACCCAGAGUUAGAAAUAAAUUUGCUUCCUUUCUGCAAAGGAAAAACAAAGAGAAGGAUGCUGUAGUUGUUCCAGGAACAAGAAGCAGGUUCUUCUGCAAUGAUGCAAUUAUGUUUGACAAUAUACCAAAGAAGGAUGACAGUGAUCUAACUGAAGAUGCUGAGCGGGAUUGCCAGAAACAGGAAGUAAAACACAUAGCAGAUGAUGUUUCUCAGUUUUCAGAAACUGAAAAAUCAAUAAGGACUAGCUUUUCACCUCCUGGAGAAAUGCAGAAAAACUGCUUCCGGUGGUUUAACAGCCUCUUAAAUAAUUCAGGAAAUCCUGGUCCAUCUCGUACUGUAUUUUCACAGCAGUUUCACCAACAAAGAGGCAACUGCAUGGUAUCCCAGGAAAAUCAGAUUAAUGGGGUACAGACAGAGAGUGGGGCAGUGUGUGAUGAACUGGAGGAAGAAUCCUUCCCCUUACCAGAACUGGAACGGUCAUCACAGUCUCAAAGGCCUUGUGAGUCAUCAGAAUGCAGUUUGGAGUCUUCAGAAAUACCGCAAGUGUCUAACAACAGUUCGGAUACAGAAGAAUCGGACUCCAGUUCAAAACUGGCUGAUGAUCAAUGUACUCGAUCUCCAGUAUUUCCUGCUGUUCAAACUGACAGAAAAAAUACAAUAAUAAAGGCCAAGGUUCCUGGUUUACAUAAGUCCAGUUGUAUAGGGUCACGUAUUGUAACAAAGCUCAAGCCAUUGAUACCAGCUAAAGUAAGCGGAUUAAGCAAGAAACUGUCACUCGUGCAGAAGAGAAAUCACUGUGAUGCUGAAAACAGGCUGGGACUGCAAGCUACCAUUAGUGAUCUCCGGAAAAACUUCCAAUUUAAGAGAGAAUAUGACAAACUUCCUUCUUGUAAAAAGUCAGAUCCAUUGUCUCCAAUCAAAGAUAAUAUACAGCUCACUCCGGAAACAGAAGAAGAAAUCUUUAAUCAUCUGGAACAUAGUCAUGUUCAGAGAGCUAUAUUACAAUGAACUGUAUGCUAUACAUGAUAGGAUGCAUUUUUAAUCAUUGUCAAAAUUUGCCUUCUGGAUAUUUCAUCAAUAUAGAAAAGAUGCUUUGAAAACCAACUAUAUAUUUUAGUCUGACUAGUGAUUUGUCAUCGUUUUUAUAAAAGCAUUAAUUGAAAGGUGCAGUUCUAUAGUAGCUGGAAUAAAAUCCUUCAGAUGCCUGUGUUCCCUUCUUCAAAGUCCCAUGCUAAACUUUUGUCCAAACCUUUUUCAGCCGCCCUGGGCAUUUUAUGUUGGUCACAUAUGCAAUUCAAGUUCCUGCAACAGCUAUGGCCUUGCCUUUGCACAAAAACAGCAGAAGAAGUUUGUGUCUUUAAUUUUUAACAGUUGAUAAUUUUUUUGCCUCUUGUUCUUUUGUCUUGAGCCUAAUCUGGCUCUAAGACAGGAAUAAAACUGCUGUUUAAGGCUCAUAACAGCCUUCACUGUACUUCCAGCACACUGGUAACUAUUUCUUUUCCCUGUAAGGUAACAUCUCUCUCAACAGUUAGCUUUGUUUGAUACAGUCAUAUUACUGGUGAGAAUAACUUGGGGACUGCAGAAAGGAAUAUCAGAUAUUAGGUCUCCAAAUUCUCACAUUAAUAGAAUGAUCUCUGGAGAAAUACAGUGUGUUCUUCUGUUUUACCUGCUCUUUCCAUGUUUGUAGUCUUAUCCAACAGCAAACACACAAAAUAUCAGUCCUUGGAGCUAAGGAUUACAAAAGAGCCUGUCCUCACAAUCAACCAACCAAGCUUCAGUCUUCAACAGCCGAUCAACUAAAGGGAAGGAAUCCAGACUCGGGUCCCUGCUUUGGAUGACUGAAUUAUCAUGAAAUAUGAUGGGAUUUCAGGUUUCUACCUUUAAAAUCAGGAUUUGAGUCAAUGUAAAGAUAUAUUAAAGUUUUUUCCUUUUUUUAGGCAAGGAUGGAUAGUGUCUCUUUCUGCAGCAGAUGAAGGUACAAAAGGAUAUCUGAACUUCUGAAAUGAAUCCUUUCCGUUCCCGAGAUGAAUACUUUCCUGCCACCUUUGAGCUCUUUUUCAAAACUUUAAAGUUUGAAAUUGACCUAUGAAAGGCAGGGCUUUUUUUUUAAUUCCAAUGUACUUUUUUCUCUUUAAGAGACUUUGCAUCUAUAAGGUGACUGGCUGCAUUAAAUUACAAAGAAGCUGCUUACAAGAGUGGGUUAUGUGUACAUUUGUGGGAGCGGUCCUCUUAUUUGUGUUGAAGGUAUGGCAUAUAAGGAACUGAAGCAAUGAUGCUUUAGGACAGGCUUCCUCUCAUGUGCACCACUAGAAAAUCCCUACUGAAAGGCAGGUGUUUUAACAUUGAUGUUCAAGGAGAAUUUUUAUCCCUGGUAUGAUGUGACAACUAGAGGCCAGGGAUAAAUGUUUCUGUGUUUCCAGUCAUAGAACUAUUGCCUAGAAUGAAGGUUUGUGUGUUGCUACAAGUAUAGUAAUAAGGACAGAAUGAAUUUUUGAAGGGAAAAGAUAAGUACUUUGUUUUCCUCCAUUACUUAUUUAUCAGUGUGGGAGUUGCAAGGUUACUUUGUACAGUCCAUCCUUGCCUGUUGCCUGCUCUUCAGUCAAAGAGCUGCAUGUUCCUGCUUUAGUGGGUCAUUAGAAGAGACAAACCACUCCUGUUUGUAUUUUCAAGGACAGGUAAUUUUAAGGGAGUAUAACUACAUAUAUAAAAGCAGUACUGCCUUUCUUAAUUCUGCUGACUGCAUGUACUGUCUUGCCUGUUCUUAUAGUUCAUUUAUUGAAAAUCCCAUCACUUGUUUUACUCUAGCUUCUCUGAAGAGAGAAUCGGAGGAAAUAAAGAAAAUGUUAUAUAGA